AUGGGAAGGAGCGAUGCCUGGAGCGAGGCUGAGGAGGCAGCGGCGUUUGGCGGCGGAGCGAGGAGGCGCGGGCGUGAGGUUUCUGGAAGCUGCGGGGCGCUGCUCCUUCGGGCGGGGUGUCUCCGCGGCGGAUCCGUAGCCUGAAGAGACGGCGGACCAAGGAGGAGGAGGAGACGGCGGCGAAGGCGCCGGCAGCGGGAGCAUGAACCACAAGAGCAAGAAGCGCAUCCGCGAGGCGAAGCGGAGCGCCCGGCCGGAGCUCAAGGACUCCCUCGACUGGACCCGGCACAACUACUGCGAGAGCUUCCCGCUUAGCCCCGCAGCCUGCAAGGACAAUGUGGAAAGGGCAGACGCACUUCAUUUGUCAGUGGAAGAAUUUAUUGAACGUUUUGAGAAGCCUUACAAGCCGGUUGUCCUCUUAAAUGCUCAGGCAGGAUGGCCAGCUCAAGAGAAAUGGACCCUGGAGCGUUUGAAACGCAAAUACAGGAACCAGAAAUUCAAGUGUGGGGAGGACAAUGAUGGGUACUCUGUCAAGAUGAAAAUGAAAUAUUACAUUGAAUACAUGGAGACCACGCGGGAUGACAGUCCCCUCUAUAUAUUCGACAGCAGCUAUGGAGAGCACCCGAAGCGUAGAAAACUCUUGGAGGAUUACAGGGUGCCCAAGUUUUUCACAGAUGACCUGUUCAAGUAUGCAGGCGAGAAGAGAAGGCCACCUUACAGAUGGUUUGUGAUGGGUCCUCCUCGAUCUGGUACAGGCAUCCACAUUGACCCUUUGGGAACCAGUGCAUGGAAUUCCUUAGUCCAAGGAUACAAACGCUGGUGCCUCUUCCCUACCAGCACUCCCAGAGAGUUGAUCAAAGUGACUCGUGAGGAAGGAGGGAACCAACAAGAUGAAGCCAUCACUUGGUUCAGGGUAAUAUAUCCAAGGACUCAGCUUCCCACUUGGCCUUCUGAGUUCAAACCCUUGGAAAUUGUGCAAAAACCAGGAGAGACUGUCUUUGUACCAGGUGGCUGGUGGCAUGUAGUUCUCAAUCUUGACACAACUAUUGCUGUCACUCAGAACUUUGCCAGCUGUACAAAUUUCCCUGUGGUGUGGCACAAGACAGUAAGGGGAAGACCAAAAUUAUCAAGAAAGUGGUACAGGGUCCUAAAACAGGAACAUCCUGAGCUGGCUGCACUAGCAGAUUCUGUUGACUUACAGGAAUCAACAGGCAUUGCUUCUGAUAGUUCUAGUGAUUCGUCCAGCUCUUCAAGUUCCAGUUCUUCAGACUCUGAUUCAGAGUGUGAUUCUAGCUCUGAGACGGAAGGAAUGAUGCACAGAAGGAAAAAGCGAAGGACAUGCAGCAUGAUGGGGAAUGGCGAUACAAGCUCCCACGAUGACUGCGUGAGCAAAGAGCGCAGCUCCUCCAGGAUUAGGGAAUCUUGUGGAAGCCGUGCUCAUCCCUGAAAGAUAACAAGACCCAUCUAAAGGCAGUUGCAGCCAGCCAGCAGUCUUCUAUUCUUCCUAUCAACUGUAUGCUUGGAGCUUUCUCAAGUCUUCACCACUCCUUUUUAUUAUUAUUUUUAAUCCAAACUUCUACUUGCCAUUACCUGCUGACUUCUUGCUUACUAAAGGAGAAAACUAGAGAUUUCUAUGUUCUCAAAACUUUCUGCACUCCAUCAAACAAGCUUUCUUAUACAUCAGAAGACAAUGCCGCCCUCUGCAAGGCUGUGCUGUGGCUCACAACUCUGUGCAGUCGGCAAAAGAAAAUGGGGAAUAUCUAUUCAAAACGUAAUCUUAAAAAUAAGCAGGUAGCUCCUGAAAGCCUGUGUCAAGUUCCAACAUUGUCAUAUGUUUACAAGUUGAGUUCUCGUGCACUACAACUGGAGGUCAGAACUAUAACCUCUGCUGCAUGUAACUAGUCAGCAGAUCCUUUAACUAGAGCACAAAAAGAGACACUGUGUUAACUGUAUCCAACUAAGUACCCUUCUGUUGUGUAAAAAAUGAUCACCCUGUAAGAAGCACCUUUUUGUAAUUCUUAAUUUGUUGAUGACACCAAACCAACCAUGGACUAAUAAGAUUUGUGAUAUAUGUAAUGUCUGAACCAGCAGUCCAUUUCCACAAUUACAUAUGCUUUCUAUUUUAAAGAAAAGCUGCUGGAUUUUGCAGUAAGUUUGUAAGUUUGCCCCAGAAAAAGUAGGUAUGGAAGAAGCUGUAGUUGCCUCUUUUACCUCUCCCUGUGGGAGCUUCUGGAAACAUUAUAUGAAGGUAAAGCUUUUUUAUAUGGAGUGUAUGGAGUCUGAAAAAAUACAAUAAAAAAACCAUUUUAUGAAGAACUGCUGCUCUGCAGCCCAGAAACUUCCUACUCGUAUCUGCUGUUGUAAUAUGGCAGGUAUUUUUACGUGUGUGUGUUUUGUCUUGAAAUAAGAUGUGGUUGUGUGUAUCUUAAGGUAGCUGUAUUCUUUCAGGAUAUGUUGCUGCUUCAAGGUUUUUUGUUUCGUUAAUGGAGAUGGGUGUUAUGUGUUAAGAUGGGUCUUGUACCUCCAUACACAACAGUCUCUACCCUGAAGGUCUGCAAUAUAGUGAAAAGGUCUGAUGCCCCAAUAACACUUAAAAGCAAGUUUAAUGAUUAAUUGGGUAUGCUUCAAAAUUCUCUUCUUGUUUUUCUGCUUACCCCAUUACCAGCAACCUAGGGAGAAUUCCCAUCUACUGGCUGAUGCAUUGUGAAAGUACUAAUUAUUCAUUUCCAAAAUACUACCAUAUCACUCAGGCAGGGAUCCAUAUAUCACUUGCCAGCCUUAACUCCAUACUUGCACAAAACUAUCAUUUUUUGUGAAUGCCAACAGUAUGUGUUAAAAGGAUGGCUGCCUUCUGUAUCCCAUAACUGUUUUCUUCCAGGCUCCUUUUCCUUAAAACACUUGAGUUAAACUAGCAGACUUGUACCUGAUGCUGCUCAGCCAGUGCAGUUAAAAUCAGUAUCGUUUGUAAGGUUCAGUCCACUAUCUUGAUUCAAAAUUGCAUCCAAACAUUGAGGAGAACCUGAUGUCUGAACUCAGUAACCAUCAUGCAAAGUUUGGUUACAAUAUCUUAAGAAGAAGGAUCCAAAUGCAUAGCGAACGCACAAACACCUUUCCAAAAUUUAUAGCAGAUGAAAGUAACCAGGUGAAUUUACCUUGCAUACCCCUGGAUUUUACAACUUCCUGGGAAGUUGUAUCUAUAUAACUUUAUGUUCCAAUUUUUUGUGGCCUGUUACCCAAGAACUCGUAACUCAGGAGGCAGAUGAACAGCAACAGGAAAGGAAUUAGGACUAGUAUAGAUAUCUUAACAUUGACCAGAACAUUUGAAGCAGCCUGAGUCAGCCCAAUAUUUACUCAUUGGCAGCGGCAUUUUCAAUAUCUUGGGCAAAGGUCUUUUCUAGCCUUGCUUCCUGCUAUUACGUUGUUUGACAACCGUGGAUUGCACCAAUAACCUUCGGCAUGCCAAUCAGAAUUUGGCAAAAUCUGCCAGUGCUGUUAAAGUAUUCCUUGCAACCAUGAGGUUUAGAAUAUUGAAAGUGUAUUUGUUUUGCUUUCUGUGUUUAAAAAAGGAGACUUGUCUAAUACAUUCUGUGUGGCCUUUAUGCACUAGGUUUGCAGGGAAUGUCAUCUUUACCUAGAAGUCUUAAUUCCUGUUUGUCAUACCGGGAUGCAGAUACAUUUGUUCAGCCAUGUACAUUUAUUUAAACUAGGAUUACAAACCUUCACUGAGUUGAUCAGUGAAAUUCAUCUGGAAGUUGGGGGCUAAGUAUGCUUGGUGGGUGAGGCUGAAGAGCCCUGCCAUUUGGGUACAAUAUGCUAACUUUCUCUGUCUUGUAUCAAAUAUGCCAUUAAAACACAAACCUGGGUGGCUUUUUUCUUUGUAUCAAAAACUGAUGGAUACUUGGCAUUUCAGGGUUAAGCCAGUUAUAAUUUUUUAGGAAUAGUCACCACAGGCAAUUGAACAUGUCAGUGUUCAGCUACAAUCAGUGUCCUUUUUAAAUGUAUAUCUUCCACAAGUGGGAUUUGUUCAUUUGUAGAUGCUAUUUGCCUCUGUUACUGUACUAGGGAAUAUUUUUAUUCCAGAUCUCCCAAACUGAUGAAAAAAACCCACAUUAAACUUGGGCUUUCUUUCUUUAAAAAAGUUGUAGAUUUUAUUUAUAGGAAUGUACUUCUUGCAUCUGAGUAGCUGGCUAGCUCCUUUCAGUUGCGCUCUUUCAGUGUUGUCAUUUUCAUUGUUUUGCCAGAUGCCAACUAUAUUCCUGUUCUGCGGAGUUGAAGCCAGGCAGCUGUCAUGCUGGAGGAAAGUAAAUUGGUUUUGUUAAGUACCAAUCAUUCAGAUAGCCGUGGGUUGGGAAUAAGGAUCCUGAAUUCUUUACUUGCCCAGGGUUGCAAGCAGAAGGAAAUAACUCCAAGCUUCUGGUUUAAUGAUUCCUUUGUGAUGGGGUGACAAGAGUGUGAAAACUGCAAUAUUGCUUCUAAAUAAUCCUUGCCGAGAAAAUUUACAGCUGAUCGUUGUUUAAAUCACAACUCUUAUUUUAAAGAUACUGCUUUUCACAAACUCCCCCCCCUUAAUGUGCCUCUUUGAAAACUAAUGCAGUGUUUAUAUUAUGCCAGCUGCAGUUAGACCUGAAGUUGCUGCCUAAAAGUCCAAUGGCUAAUACUUGGCUUUUUUUAUAACUAUGAUACCUAGAAACCUAUGAGAUUAUAAUGAUCCUAGCCAGGAUCAUUAUUAAACACUAAUUAAACAACAGGUGUUUUACAAAUCAAUAUAUCUCUAGCUCAGACUUUAUUUUCAGGUCCUUAAUCCUGUACUGUUAUUAGAACAUCCUUUUAAAAGGAUGCAUGUUUUACAGUUACCCAUCUGAUGAAAAAUUUCACUGAGAGCUUGUGAUUGCAUCAAAGAAAGCCCUGGGUUUAUUAGCUCUUCUUGCAUAUUUCAGUUAAAUUGGAUCAACCUUUUUUCUGAACAGCUUUCAGCAACAGCCAUUUCUUACUUUGGGAACUGUGCUAAAUCCUUUUAUUUCUCGAAUUCCUAAUGACUGUGUCAUUGUGUUGAGGAUACCUGAGAGGCCCUUAGACUAGAGCUCCAUUCUUCCCUUUUGUGAGGGGCGAAGUCUCUGGACUGUUUCAGCAACAUUUAAAGUGCCACCUCCGCUAACAACUUGUAAAGUCUAAUCAUUUAAUGGAACCAGGGUGGGAGUGCUCUGAAUUGUUCUCUGAAUGAUUUUCAUGUUUUUCAUUUUUAAUUUUUUUAAAAUAAAGCCUUAUUUUCCAUUA